GUGUGUGCUGUUACGACCAUUCUGAACCUGUCCACGGUGAAACCACGCAACAAACAUGAAGUCUUCCACCCUCGUUCUCAUAGCUUUCUGCUACUUGGGUCAGAUCCUGUAUACUGAGGCUGACCGCACGUGCGAAGAGCCGUCCCAGAGGCUCCUGUCUUUCCUGUACAUGUUUAGCGGCUCCUACAGCAGCGCUUACAAAACGUCCAAUGAACUCAACCACCAUGACCAGCGCGUGCAUGACGUCAUCAAUCCCAUCUUUCGACCCGUCUAUGUCAGAGCUCUGAUGCCGAACUGCGUGUUUUACCUGGAAGAGGUGGACAACGGCCGUGUGUUUAGAAUGCAAAUAUUUGUUAUCAAACAGGAUAGCGAAGGCAUCAUUCGCAUACAGCCAUACAACUUCACAGACCCAACAAAGUACAGUCCCGGAGAGUUCGACGUGGCUGACCUUGAGAACGUGACCCUGGACCAAAUGAGCACCAGUGCAGAGUGCCAGAUCUCCUUCAUGCAAACGGAAGUUGACGUGUUCGUCGGGACCUUCCCAGACUGCACGCGCCAUCUGCCAGAUGGGACGACCCCGAACUACGCCUUCGUCCUGUCGUGUUCUACCAUCGACGCCAUCGUCUACUGGCCAGAGUCACGUGAGGGCAGCAGCCGUCUGCCUUAUGACCAUCGCAAGAUCUUCAGAUACCCUCUGCUGGACUACAUGACCAGAGGUGCUAAAGAUUUCAAACCGCCUUGCAAUUAUUAAUUAACCAUUUUUUUAAUACAUCCUAUAUUUUUUAAAUAUGCAUGAAUUAAUGCUGAAAAAUUUACAGUAAUUUUAAAAUGUUAAUAUUAGUCAUAAAAUAUAGAAACUGAUAGUGGAUAUUUUGUUUACUUGACUACAUUAACUAUUUAAAACU